AUGAAGGGAAAAGACUGCGUUGCGAUUGCGACUGAUUUGCGUUUUGGUGUGGGAUAUCAGACAAUCGCGACCAAUUACCCAAAAGUUGAACAGCUCGGCCCACAUCUUUUUGUUGGUUUCCCUGGCUUGGUAACAGACAAGGAAACCGUGUGUCAACGACUCGUAUUCCACAAAAAUAUGUACGAACUUCGUGAAAAUCGUCAUAUCAGGCCGAAAACUCUUCUCUGUAUGCUCGCCAAUCUACUCUAUGAACGAAGGUUUGGUCCUUAUUUCGUGGAGCCAGUAGUCGUUGGUAUUGAUCCCGUGACUAAUGAACCAUUUAUCGGUGGCAUGGACGUGAUCGGCUACGCUAUGGAAACUGACGAAUUUGUUGUUGCUGGGUCUUGUACAGAACAGCUGUAUGGCAUGUGCGAAACGCUAUGGGAAAAGGAUAUGGAUCCUUGUGCGCUGUUUGAGUGUAUAUCACAGUGCGUCCUAAACGCCAUGAACCGCGACUGUAUUUCCGGAUGGGGAGCGCGCGUCUACCUAAUUGAGAAGGAUAGGGUGACCAUCACAGACCUUAAAGGGCGCAUGGAUUGA